CCGGAAAGAAAAAAGCUGGGAGCGCGGGGAGAGGCUGACGCCGCCUUUCCUAGCCCGGCUGUCAGCAUCGAUUCCGAAUCCUCCCGUUUCCACCCGUGCUUUCCGCCGUCUUUUCAGCGUUCUCACGAUUGCUAACUUUUUGCCUUUCGUGCCCUCGAUCAGCUUUUAUUUUCGUUACUUCUGUAGUUUCUGUUCCGCGUGCUCUGGAUGCCGCUGCACGCUUCCUGUGCUUCCAGGAAAAGCUCUCUUCAUGCACUUCCUCGCCUCGCUCUCGAUAGCGAUUUGAUAAUACCUGACACAGGCAGAGCUGUUCUGAGGGUUAACCCCCUUCCCCUUUACCACGCAGACAUGUCUACAAAACAGGAUGCAAGCCUUAGAAAACGAUACUGAAGAGAGAGGCUGGCCGUGGCCGCGAUAUCAUCAGUUGGCAAAGGGCCUCGCUGGAAAAAAAAAAAAAAAAAAGCAGGACGUUGAGUGUGUUUUACUCCUUGCUGUUGAAAACAAUGGGACAGGAUGAGGCGCUAAUCAUAAUUAAUUGCAGGGCUGGCCGGCAGGUCUACCCCUGUGCAGCGUCCUGCAGCUGUAGGGUGAGCUCAGCAGAGCUCUCACACUGCAGCCAGAGCUGCCACGCUGCUCCGUGCACCGGACCACGCGUAGAAGGUGAUGAUUUGUGUGCAGGGCAUUGCCUCCACCUGUGGGGCGGGAUGGAUCAUGGGGACACCCGCAGUACUCAGUUGGGAGCAGCUGAAUUGCGUUGCAACAGUCACAUUCAGCUUUGUGCCUUGAGAGCUCCUCAUUUCAAGUUAAACCCUUCUAUAGACGAGUUCUAUGAAUCUUAAAGUCUUCAACCUGUUUUCCUGCAUUGCUGCCGUCCCACCAUGCACGUGCUUCGCUUCUUUAACCACUUGAAGAAUAGAAAAAACAUUGAGUCAGGCCAAAAGAGCACCUAACCAGAGUCCUGUGGCAGUGACUAACAGAAGAUACUAAGAAAGAGACUGGUAUAGAUGGAAAGGUUUAGAGUUCCCUUGUAUCUUGAGCAUUUUCCUUUAUAUCUCAACAAUCUAGGGGAAAAAUGGAGCCAAUGGGGAGCUUCACCAGAAAGAUGACUCUGGAUUCUUCUUGAGGAAUUAAUUCUACGCCCUCAUUCUCAGUGUUCAGAGUUGGAAGUCAGCCCUGAGAUGUGGUGGUUUCAGCAAGGCCUCUCUUUCUUGCCCGUGGCUUUGGUGGUUUGGUCAGCUGCAACGUUUGUGUUUUCGUAUAUUACUGCAAUCGUCCUCCGCCACGUUGACCCUCUGGUGCCCUACAUCAGUGAUACAGGGACAAUACCUCCCGAGAGAUGCUUAUUUGGGAUCAUGUUAAAUGUUUCGUCUUUCUUGGGUAUGGCCACCAUGUAUGUCCGUUACAAACAAGUCUAUGCUUUGAAUCCAGACAAAUCCAGGAUUGUCAAGCUUAAUAAGAUUGGCCUUACACUAGGACUGAUGAGCUGCUUUGGACUUUGCAUCAUUGCAAAUUUCCAGAAAUGCAUUCUGUACUACAUCCACGUGGUCGGAGCCUGCCUGACAUUCGGAGUGGGGGCCAUUUACAUGCUGGUUCAGACCAUCCUCUCCUACCUGAUGCAGCCAGAAGUUCACAGCAAAGACAUCUUUUGGAUCCGGCUGACCGUGCUGCUCUGGUGUGGCUCAAGCAUUGCAAGCAUGUUUGUUUCUUCUGUUGUCUUAUACAGUGGCCUGUAUGGAACAGAUCUAGUGCAAAAGUUGCACUGGGACCCCCAGGAAAAAGGCUACGCGGCUCACAUCGUCAGUACUGCCUCCGAGUGGUCAUUAGCAUUCUCCUUCCUCAGCUUUUUCCUCACCUAUAUUCGUGAUUUUCAGAAAAUUUCCCUGCGUGCAGUUGUCAGCUUGCACGGACAAACCCUUUAUAACACACCGCAGAGCUUUGCGACUGACGAGCAGAGGCUGCUGAUAGCAGGGAGCAUCUGAUGAAGGGAAAGAGAACUUGUUCUCUGCACAACUCAGGAAUUUAAUAGCAAUAACCAUUCAUCCUUCUAAGCAUUUAUUUUAUGUGUAAAAGAAAAAUGAAGUGAUUGUAUUCUACUUGACACAAAGGGCUUUGCUAUUAACUCACGCAGCAAUGCAAAUGUUAUCAGUAUUGAACACAAGCCUGUAACAUUUCUACACAUGCUAAUGUCAUGGAAGAAUUAAAUGAAGGUUAUUGAAAGA